AACCCGUUCCUUCCGCUGCCGGUAGAGUGAGCGUGAACUGCCAAGAAGAAGAGAAGAAAAGCAGAAGUGGCAAUAACGUCGAAACGAGCUCAGAUUGGCAUUUUAUGACACAGGGUUACAGCCGAGAAAAUUAUCAUAAUCACCGUGCCCGAGAACUGUGAAAGCCAAUCGACUCAAGCAGCUGAUCAACGAUGGCUGUGAACGUGUACUCCACCUCAGUGACCAGUGACAACUUAAGUCGUCAUGACAUGCUGGUCUGGAUCAAUGAAUCUCUACAGAUGAACCUCACCAAGAUAGAAAUGUUGUGUUCAGGUGCUGCCUACUGCCAGUUCAUGGAUAUGCUGUUCCCCAACUCUGUGCCUCUGAAGAAAGUUAAAUUUGGUGCCAAGCUGGAGCACGAAUACAUCCAUAACUUCAAGCUUCUGCAGGUUGCCUUCAAAAAGAUGGGAGUCGACAAAAUCAUUCCAGUAGACAAACUGGUGAAGGGGAAGUUUCAAGACAACUUUGAGUUCGUCCAGUGGUUUAAGAAGUUCUUUGAUGCCAACUACGAUGGAAAGGAUUAUGAUCCAGUUGAGGCAAGGCAGGGCCACGACGCCAUGCCGCCACCACCUGCUACAUCAGCCCUCAACAAACCACCCAAGAAGGCCAUCAGUCAAACUCCCCAGAGGCCCCCCGUUGCCAAGGUAGCGCCCAAGUUGGCUCCUGUCAGCUCAAGGAAACCGAUGGGAGGAGGUGAUGAGGAGAGGGCCGAGCUCCUGAAUGAGGUGGAGAUCCUGAAGUCUACCAUUCAGGACAUGGAGAAGGAGAGAGACUUUUACUUUGGUAAGCUGCGAAACAUUGAGCUGAUUUGCCAGGAGAAGGAAGGAGAGGGCGACCCCACACUGCAGAGGAUCAUAGACAUCCUCUACGCCACAGACGAGGGUUUUGUGAUACCAGAUGCAGAGGAGCCAGAGGAGUUUUAAAUAUUCAAGACUGCAAGCAACUUUUCACUUAGAUGCCCUGGUCUACCAACCCACUUCCAAAUCUUUCCUCAAGCCAAGACAGUUUGGUUUUAUAUCCGACGCCAAGCCUAUUCUCGACUUGUGUCCCCUCCCGAAUCGAACCCCCGCCCUGCUGGACUCCUUCUUCCUGUAACCUUCAACCACCGUGCAGCUCCUCCUUUACCGAACCAUCUUUUAUCAAUAAUCAGCGCAUCCCCAGUCCUCCUCCCUCUAAACCAGAUGGAGCAGUACAUAUCUGGUUUCUGUAACGGACUUUAGUGUGAAAAACAUGUUCUCUGUGGGUGUGUGUGGGUGUGUAUACGUGUGUGUGUGUGUGUGUGUGUGUGUGUGUGUGUGUGUGUGGUUGUAAGUGUAAAAAAAAUCGAUUUGAAACAAACGUGAAGAACCUCCUCUGGAGACCCGGCUGUUCGUUGUCCCAAACUAAUCCAGGUUGGAUUUUAGUUUAAUGGCGCUGUAGCCGCUCUGUGCCUCUAAUGCUCGCACUGAAUUUUAUUCAUUUAGAGACAGAACUGAGGAACAGCAGGAAGAAGAAAAACACAUCUUACCAACUAGAACACGUACUUUUUCAUCACUUUGAAACAAAUCGGUGACUUAUUUUUGCUCGUUUUAGUCGUGCUAAAUAAAUUGUGUUUAAGAUGUAGUCGGAUUUGGUCGCCAAGUUUUGAAACUAAUGCAAAUGAAGAAAACAAUUAAUGGGUCGUUCAUUGUGACGCUGAAGGGCUCAGGGUUUAGUCUGGGACGAGGCAGCGGUCGGGUCUCUCCUUGGCCUUUUUCCACCUGUGACUUCCUGUCCAACCAGGGACACCAUCUUGACUUUGUCCUGCUUUUGUAAAUUAAUGCUACUGUUCUGUCACAUUUUCCCCCUCACUCCAUUUUUUUCCUUUUAUUUGUCUUGUUUACCUUGUCGUUUAUUUUGACAUGUUCCUGGGCACUUGUCAUUCAUGCCCACACCUUUUUAUAUAAUUUAGUUUUUUCUCACGCUUUAAACUAAACGAUCACUCUGUCGGAAAGAUUUUACUUGUGUGCAGAAACAUGUUUUUCCAGCCACAAUAGAGUUUUGAAUAUAUAUAUAUAUAUAUUUUUUUUUUUUGAAAGGUUGCGGUUCUUGUAGCAGAUCGGACGUCUUUUCUUCUCCUCCGCACACAUUGUCCCACCAAACCUUCACAUUUCAGGCUUCCUAAACGUGCAAUUGUUCAUUCCAGGAGAAGUGGCCUAAUCUUCAGGUCGACAUGAGAUGAAGCGUUUAAAGCGGGUGGCAGCAUUCUUCCGAUGUUUGGUUAAAAAAAAAAAAAAAAGAAGAAGUGCAAAAAAAAUCCCAACUAGCCGAUAAGGUUUUUGUCUCUUUGGACGUCUGAUUUAAGGCUUAAGCACUGCUUUUAUACCAGUGGACUUUCAGCAGCUUCAGACCAGCCGCUUGAUAAACACUGUGAGCUCCGACUGCGGCUGAUCGCUGUGUUGGCUUCACGUAGCCGGCUGCAGUCGACACCUUCUACAUCUCUCAGCUGCUGCGGAUCAGUGAAACCUCUCCCUUUCAAUACUAGUGUCCUAUUAUUUUUUAAAUUUUUUUUUUUAAAUACCCAAAGCUGAUCUGUCACAUGGAUCAAAAAUGCCACGCUGAAGGAAAACUCCUCUGAAAGACAAAUGUCUUAUGCUUCCCCGUUCUAUAUCCACGCCCUGACUGACCAACAUUUAAUAUUAUCUGUGGAUCUAAUUUGAGACCCGUUGCUCCCCUGCAUUACGUCCAAACGUAAUAUCUCCACAUAUUUGUCCCUAAUUUGAAACGACACACUGGUGUGUGUUCCACGCCGACCCUGUAAUUGGAGAACAUGAUGGCCUUAUUCUUUAGUUUUUUUUUUGUACUUUAAUGUGCUGUUUGGGGCAAAUGUUUGUACUGUUACAGUCAUAAUUUUAAUGUGUUCUGGAAAUAAACAACAUUGGAGGUAUUGUGGACAGGAGCUCAGGUGUGUCGGGGUGCAGCAGGACGCCCGUCUUCCAUCAGAAGCAAACUAAUCUGAAUGGUGACCGAUGUGCACGGAAAACAGACUUAAAUUAAACAUGAGCAUGUUCCUCUUCCGAUGGCUGAAUAUUUAAGUGUAGCUUCAUGACUCAGUUGGACGGAGCUCCCGAGCCUUUAUCGAACACUGCCGUGGGACUGAAUGUUGCACUAAUCCAGUGGGUGCCUGGUCCUCAUGUUCCUUUUGUAUUUAGUUGCCUCCAGUAAGACCGCGCCUCUUAUUUUCCCCCGUAGGAAUCGUUUCUUCUUUCAGAAUGUAUGUCACUCCUACGAGUGCUUUGAGUGUCUUUAUGAGCCUCGCGGUGACGUUCCAGUUCAUGUUUUGUUUCAUGUUUGUGCUCCGCAGAUGAUGAGGUUGAAGCACUGACUGAUUUGAUGACUGGACUGAGUCAGCUGUAAAUUGACGUGUUGCACGUCUGUUUUGGGUGUUCACCGUUUUACGCACGGUAGCAGCAAAAGUACACAGACAAGUUGAGUACUGAUGUUGAAAAGCCCUUGGAAUAAGACAAGUAAAUCUGGCUGUGAAUGCAGACAAAGAUUAAAUCAGUUUAUUUGAUUUCAUUGCUCACAUUAAACUCGAGCUGUGAGGUAUAUCGUAGUUUGCUGAAGCUUCAUGCAGCCCAACUGAGACUGAAGCCUCGUAGUUGUCAGGAUUACCUUUGGUCUGUUUUACAAUAAACAUUUCAGUUCACCUAUUUAACAUUUAUAACCACAGAUUUGACAAUAAUAAUGAAUAAAAAAAAAUAUUCCACUGACACUAAACUUUCCUCAGGAGGAGCUACCCACACAAAUGCUUAGAACCUCUCAGUUUAUGUCCAUAUAGUUGUUUUAAGUGACAAACAAGGUGACGCCAAGUGUUUAACAUUUAGCCUAAAGCUAAAAUGGUUUCUUACUCCACUGCCACUCCUACUGUAAAAUAAGCCAGUUCAGAUUUCUUCUAGUGACCAAUCUGUCCUGGGAGAGAGAAGCUGUAGCAAUGAUGCCAAUAAUGCCAAAUGAGGACUAACAAACAGACAGUCAGUCCCCGCCUCCCCGUCUUUCUUUCCCUCUCUACCGUGAGCCUUCUCAAAUACACGAAGCUGUAGACAGACCAGCGACUCCCUGAGUUUGGUUCUGACGAGCCUUAGUGAAGAAGUGCUUUUUGUUAUGCAAUGUUAAAGAGGGAACAGGUGCUCUCUCUCUCUCUCUUUACAUAGUGGCCUCUGUGCUGAACCCAGUGCCAACGGAACCACCUCCCUCCACUGACGCCCUCUGUAGCGGUCGAGUCGCGGUACGGACCGACUCCAAUCUGCCGUCGGGUCCUGAUCUGUUCAAUGUUUAUCUUCCUGCUGGAGACUUUUUUUUUUUUUUUGACAAUCGCCUGGUUCUUUUGCAGUUUUACUCCGUCGUCUUGACGGCGUUUGAAAGUGUUUGUAGCGGUGUGCCGACUCCUGUCUGGUUUCAUGGUAGUGGUGAAGUGUGUUGUUGUUAAGUGUUAGUGAGAAGGACUGUGUGCGUCUGUUUCAUGUUAAACUCUGGUACAAGAUCUUUUUGUUUCUCCUUCCCAGUCUCACACACACACACACACACACACCGGAAUUAGUUUGCGCUUGCUCGAGCGUUUUAAAUCAUCUCCAAGGAAACAUGAAUUAAGAAGGCGCAAACGCAACGUCUCUGGCCUGACGUCAGAUGUGUGUGUUUGCAGAAAAUGUCUGAGCAAAGAGAAGGAACGGCUUUAAACGGUGGUGCUUGUCUGACCUCUGACCUUUCUCAACAAUCGGUGUGUACACUGUGGGCCGAGCGCCGCCUCACUCUCUCUCUAUUUGAUGUGUUUGUUAUACUCUGCUGAACUCGAUUUUCUUCAAGUUUCUUACAGACAAUAAAACAGUAUUUCCACGUC